AUGAGCUUUUCCGCAGGAGUCGAUUUAGAUUGGUGUCUAACAUGUAACCGACACCUUGAUUCUCCUAACACAAAUUAUUGUUCGCCUCAGUGUGAACCGACACCUUCACAACAAAUUCUCAACUUAUCUUCAAACGUACACGAUUGGACUCAAAGCGAAGAAUUAGACGCGUCUGGGGACGACGCCGUUAUUUUCCAUAUCGUACACGAUACUAGCUCUGCCAAAGGAAUUGCGGCUUGGGCCGCUAACAUUCCUACUGGAGCACCUCCAAGUGGACCUUCUACCUUGCCAUCGUACUCGGUAUCACCUCCUAAGCUACUACGUCCCCAAUAUGCCAGACCUGUCCCACCCACUUUAUCUAUGUCCCAGACUACAUCUGCAUCGAUUCCUCUUGCGACACCACCUCAGAAGGAUGUCUCUAUGCUCUCAUCUCUCGCUAACCAUAUUCGAAGUUUUGUCUCCUCGUCUUCGACGGGGUUUCCCGUGAACAAACUGAGGGCCAGAACGAAAAAGCGUCUCCCGUACACGACCGCCCCGGUCCAACGAAUCUCAUCACUUUCUUCGGAUUCCUUCGCAGAAGACGACUAUGAGUUUGGUCCGUCUUUCUCAACUGUAAACUCUCCUCAUGAGGACACCAAGGACCCGUGGUGGACAACUGAGUCUGAUUGCUCAUCUGCCGCAUCGUCCAUGGUCCUCAAAAAGAGUGCAGCGCAGCUUAUUGCUACUUCAGAGAGCAGAAAAUAUCAGCUUGAAUGCGAGAUGUGUUUUCAGCCGAAAGUCUUGCCUAUCCGUGUCGAGCCCUCUUCCAAGGACGGGCUUAGUGACUACGGGGAAUUCGAUUUACGCGGAAGGCAGAUAUGGUCGUAG